GGGCUUGUGUGUGUGCUGGGGGUGGUAAGCGGGUAGGGUUUGGUUGAACUGAGACUGCAGCUCAAGUGUUUUGAAGCUGAACAGUAAAGAUGUCUGGCAAGCGGAAGGCAAAUGAGGAGCUGUGUGGAUCGUCUCGCCCCAGUCCUAAUAUGCCCCGGUGGGACACUGGAGAGCGAUCGCUAAUGGAGAUUCCAGAUAGCAAGCGGAGUUCUCUCUGCUUACGGCAUGUUCGAGCUCUAAAUAGAGAUUUCACCAGCUGGGUGCAGACGCAGAGCCAAAAUCAUCCUGAUGAACUGUGGAUAGAGGGACUUCAGGAUUACAUAAAGUAUGCUGCAAAGCUGAUGGACGAUUUCAAGGAUGUUGUGGAAUGGCUACGGUCCAAACCAAAUCCCGGAAGCAGGUCGGUUAAUGGAGAAGCUGAACCGAAUGGAAUAGUCUUGUCGUCUGCAGAGCGGGGGGUUUCAGCUGUUACAGCGGUUGGGGAAAUAUCACAGAAUCAGAGAGUGGCGGGUGGCAUGGCUGCUAUGGGGACCGUGUCCAGCUCUGCUUUGUCGAUUGAUGUCAUUGGGGGAUCGGCUAUGGGUGGACCACCUGUGCCUAAUGCGGCUGCUCAUUCAUCAUGCAGCCCUGCUGGCUUGGGUGGAACGUUGGCACCAGGCACCGGGACCAGUACGGCAGCCACUGUGUCCGAGAACUUGGGUCCUGGUCCCUUGACAGACACCAAGGCAGUCUUAGGACAUGGCUUUGGCGGAAGUUUGGCCACUGCCCCAAGCGACUUGUUAAGGCGAGAACCUGGUGCAGGUGUUGGGGCUGGUGCUGAAAGUGGACCCUGGGAACAAGCAGGUCCACUUGCAGGAUACCAGAAAGGACCUACAGUAGACUAUGGGGGCCAGUCAGCAGCAGGAAGACCCUCAGAUUCAACAAAGACUUCUGUUUCAGGUGCACCAACAAGUCAAACUGCGGUCAACCAUCCCAUUUUUGGGAAGGGAUGGUCAAGUGGUCCAGGCUCAUCAGAAUUCGGCAGAGCAUCGGGAUCUGGAGCUGGGUUAGUGGCCAACGCGGCUACGGGAUCUUCUUUCAGCUCCACGUUUGGUUUAAGCACGAGCUGGCCGCUUUCCAGCAUGCCUGCAAACUCCAUCGGUGACACUGCAACUAUUUUUGGCAUGCCUCCUAGUUCACACUCGGAUGGAAAUGUCUUGACGAGUGUGAUCUCAGGAGCAGCAUCACCAGUUGCGCCAGUUUCUCCAAACUCUGCAUCAGUGAGUCCAUUUCGCUCAGCCUUCAAGACUGGGCCCUUCAUAGCAACUGCAGGUCCUAGCAAAGAAGAGGCUCCCAAGGAGCAAGGAGAUGAUGAUAACGAUGACGGGACUGAAGAGCAAGAGGAUGAAGGUCCGUCUGUGCUGGCAGUCAAAGAGGAGGGCGUGACAAUUGUAGACUCGAGAAAGGCGGUUCUUCUAAGAAUGGAUGGGGUAUCGAAAUCUUGGCGCAAUCUUGGGAGUGGGACACUGUCUAUACGGCGGCAAUCGGAUGCUACCCCGGCAACAAAAAGUGCAAAUCCAACUAUGCAUUUCCGUAACGAUGUUGGAAAGUUACUGCUGAAUGCAAGGAUCUAUGCCAGAAUCAAAACUGCAACGCGAAAGGAAGGCGUCGUGGUGACGCUAUUCAACGCUGCGGACAUCGGAAGCGUUACGAAGGCAUCUGGCAGUCAAGGCGAUAGCUCGAGGGGAGAUUCAAAGCUUCAAGAAGGCAAUGGGCAGCUGAAGGCUACUCUCUUCUUGCUGAAAGUCGUGCCUCAAGAAGCUGUGAAAGAGUUGGCAGACCUCAUAUGCGCAAAUGCCCCAGCAGAUUGACAAAGAUGAGGUCGAAGAUCUGCGUGUUUUUUCAGUAUGCCCUGCAGCACCCGGCAGUCAGGCUGCCAAGGUGAUAGCUUGAGGCGGGACGAGAAAAGCAUCAACAAGGAAAUGGGCAGCGGAAGGCUACGGUUUUCUCUUGCUGAACGGAAGCCGUACUGCAAGAAGCUGUGAAAGAGUUGUCGGAGAUAAUAUGUGCAAAUGCCCCUGCAAGUCACAGAUUUUGCGACUGUGGAAGGCGGUGGUAAUGGUGUGUACUUCACAUUGAAAGGUGAGGUUGAUGGAGGUGUUAACGUGAACGAACUGCAUGCUUCGGAUUACAGUGUAAGGUGGGGACUGGUUUGCUGCGAAGAACCUGUCUGUUUUUCAGAAUUGGGCACCACCCAUUGACCCCUCGUAAGUGUUUGCUGGUUGCAUGCAUAGCAGGCUUCCUUCUCGAAAAAAGUGCGUUAAACAACCACCAGUGGUACUUGGAAGGCGCUUUUCUCCUGGGCUAGAAACGCCCUGCGCACCGAAAAAAAACGAACCGGCGCGGCCGAACCCCAAAAGUUGUGGCCGUAUAGAAGCAACAAACUGGUGGUUUAAUAAACCAGAAUAUGGGAAGGGCGAGAAGGAAAAAACUGCCCUCAAAACCAUCGCUCUUGUGCAAGCUAUUCUCUUAGCCUCUUGCUGCCAUGGACCCUAGCUUGUCAAACUGGUCAGGGUUGGGCCUGCCUGUAGCAGCGGGCUUGGGAGGUCUGGUGACGGGCCUGAAGUGCCCUCGGGAGGGGCACACUUGAUUGAAGAAAAAGAGUGGUAAUGUGGAACGUAUUCAGUGGGGGGGAUUAUGAGCGUAGCAAGGUCACUUGGUGGUACAUAAACUGAAGUGGCAGCCUUGAUAAUUCAUAGAGGGUGGAUAUGAUGGCCAGUCACACUGAGCCAUGUCCUGGGCAAUGCAGUUGUGCGCUGUUUUGCGAACUGGAGGGGCAGUCUCGAUGAUUCAUAGAGGGUGACAGUGGCCAGUCAAAACGCUGCAUGCUGUCCUGGGCUAUGCAGUUGUGCUCUGUUUUGGGAGUUAGAGGGGGGAUUAUGAGCGGCAGAGGCGGCAGUUGGAACUAUGUGCUGGUUUGGUGUGGCCUUUUCCAAAAGGGAAGCAGGCAGAAGGAUAGCGAGGUCACUCGAUGGUAUAUAAAGCGAAGCGGCAGGCUCGAUAAAUCAUAGACGUUAGCCAUGCUGUGUUGCCCGACCCUUAGGCGAUAGUCACCAAAACAAAAUAAACCAUGCAAAGAAUAGCCAAUGCUACUUGCUAAAGUCUAUGGGACUGGUGACAUGGCAUGCUAUUCUUGGCUAUGAUGGCUGUCCAAUUAGAAAGCUGGUCUGUAUUUCGGACGAGCUAAUCGUGGUUGGAAAAUUGGCUAUGGUGGCUGUCCACUUGCUGAUAAGCGCCAAAGCGUGCUCUGGUUGAUGAGCAUACUUUGCAUCCACACAGUCGGUCAUCAUACGCAUGAAAUGGGAUAGGCUGUGUCCUUGGUAAUGUUCUUUGGCAUGCAGAUGCAGGUACACUAUGAGAAUUCAUCACCUUGCUGACGUGGACCUUAUGUGAAUCUGAGUUGCCCAGCAUUUAUGUGAUGACCGAUUGCAGUUGCACCCAGUUCUGAAGUUUCUUGUGUACCCUUGGAGGAUGAUGCCCGUCUGGUGUUAACGAGGUCAAGUAUCCCGAGCAUGUGGGUGCUGCUGGCAGGCAGGUUGCAGUGGCACACCUUCUGAACUGGCGACUAUCUUUUCUCAGAUGUUUCUACAAGUGGGGCGAUGCGAACUCAACUUUGUUGGGGAUUAGAAAGAAAUUUCCUAACAAGCUGGCUGCGGUCUCUUUUCUACAGUAUUCUCUGACUGUUGGUGGUUCUCUCUGAGGAAGUUCAUCUCCAGCAAAAAGUUCCUCCUACGACUGUUGCCCGCUCUCUUUAUGAAGUUCAUCUCAGCCAAAAAAUCAUGUGAUUGGAAGCCAGCAGAUCUACGAACGUGCGUGUCUCAGCACUGUGAAAGACGGUGACUCGCAGCCUCUGAGAUGUUUGUACCCUCUGUCUCCCUCAUGGUACUUGCAUCGUAUGCAUGCGUGUGUGCAUGUUCAUUCAUCUGUCCGUGUAAUCUCCAGGAGCUGCAGAUGGGGAUCUCCACUACAGUCAUCCUGCAUGUGGUGGCUUUCAUAACAUGACAAAUGGCUGCCGCUUGUCCAGCUUGUGUUGGGUUGUCUUUUUUGUGUCUUUUUUGUUUUUGUUUUGAGGGUCACGAGUUUUGGUUUGUGAGCAGGAGAUGCAAGGGCCACGAACGAGUGGUUACCCACCGGGUGAUCCCUCUCGUCUUAUGUCCACUACAGGCCAGAGGGAUCGUGUUGGUCUAUGCCCGAGGUGCAGCGGGGUAUGAAUACAUGAGCUUCCGGCGAUUACGUCCUGGGAGAACAGGGGGAGAAAAGCAGGUAGGUAGCCUUUGUAUCCUUUCACGCCUCCGUCCUAUAGAACAACUGCCGCCUUCCAUCACCUAGCUGAAUAUAUCGACCUGUUUCGGAAACCACAGCAAGCGCUCCUUUGUAUAACUUGUUUGGUUGUUCAGACUUGUUCUUUGUGGCGCCUCGGUACCUGUGCCUUUCCACAUAUGAGCUCUACGAGACAGUUCCACUGCUGCUCCUUUGUCUUAUCGUACUAUUCUAAAUUACCUCUAUUUUUCUUAUAGAGCGAGCAGGCUGUGCGUAAUCAGUUGCCACCAGAACUUGCAGCUCCUAGCGGGAAUGGCGGGCCUCACUCCACUACACAACAACGCUCUAUAUGCAUCUGGACCUCGUAGUCCUGAUGCAUUGAAAAUGUUGGACUCGUCCAAAUGCACCUGGUGCAGAAAGUGUCCAAAGGCGUGUAGAAUGUCAAGUACUGGAGCGAGGCCCAUUGCAGCAGUUUCUUUCGCAUCCUGGGCAGUUGUCACCAGUCGUUUCUUCACAGAUCAUGUUCGUUUGUGCGGUACAGUGCACUUAAGCUGACUUUAGGCCACAUGUGACUUCUGGUAUAUGACCGAUUGGCUGAUUGGCAGACUACUACCCUCUUGCACACCCGUCUGGUUCAGGUGGGCCUGGAUUGCAGGUACUAUGGGGCCUUUUGACCUCCAAUAGGUACCAUCGAAAUUCACCGUUUGGAUCUCUCCCGUAUCACCUCUCUCGGUGCUUUACUAUAGUCAGCUGAAGUGAGAAUCAAAGGUUUAAAAUCUU